UUUGGUCCUAAAAAUGUCUGGACAUGAGGCGUACUUAGAGGUUUUAAAUAGUCAGACACCUUUAACUCUGAGCUACGGGAAUUUAGGAAAUCAAAGACGACGUAAUUCGCGGACAGCUACUUCUCCUUCGGGAAUAAACAACGUGCUAGCUGACGCCAGAACGAAGCUCUUCAGCUCAUGGAGGGACGGAAGUACCCAGGGUUUUCUGUUUUACACUAAGCCCACACAGAAAAGGCAACCAAACAAUUUUUGGUUUAUUGGGCCAGAUGCAGAAAACUUCAGGGACUGCACUGGUUGGGAUGAUGGAAAUGGUGGAGGCUUAAGGAGUAUCAUCGAGAAACUAUUCUGUGGCUGGAAAGCAAGAUCCCCCGAUGCACUUCAUGUGCCAAAAACAAAAGUAGUUCCUAAUCAAGAACCAACAUUGGACAUCACAGGAGAAACAGUUGAUGUUCUCGACCACAUUUCAAUCACCAAUGCAGCAAGCAUUGCUGUUGAACGAGCAGAAUCCUUAGCUGCCAAAAACUUAUUGUCAAUGCAAAAACAGCCAAGAUGGAGCACUAUGUCUGCAACUGAAAGGGUUGCUGCAGUAAGUAAAAGGUAUCUUAAGAAGAAAACCCGUCUUGCUCAAAUGGAUACUUCCAUUAGGGAACAUCAUUCCCCAGACCCGGGUCUUUCACAUUUCCAAGAUUUGCCCUCAACAUCUGGAAGUUUUAGUGUCUAUCCGUCCCCCUCAAAGUCUUCCACGCCAGAUGCCAUUUCACCUCAACUAACCCGAUCUUCAUCAUCUGUAAAUUAUGCUCGAACUACUAGCAAAUCACCUUUUAAAGUGACCCAGUUGGCAGGUGUUGGAGAGAACCAACUUGAAGAUAUGGGAGCGACUAAACGAAGGCUAUCUAUGCCUUGCCAAAGCGAUCGACCAUCUGUUCUUACUUACUCCGAUCAUCGAAUCGAGCGCAGCUCUAUUCGUGUCCAGCUCAGCCCAAAGUCAAACCUUUUUUUUUGCAGUUGUGGUCAUGGCCAUUUUGGAAACUCAUAAGAAGCAAACAAACAUCAGCAAGAUUAUUACAGCAGUGCAAACUGCGCGUAGGUUCCACGCGCAGUGGAACCUAAGUGUAUUCUGUAUAUAUUGUGUACCUUAAGUGUAUUCUGACACACAAGCCUAAUUUAAAAUUGCAAUUUGCCUGAAUGUUGAAUUAAUGUUUUUCGUUAAAGCAGUGACAUCGUGUUUAGUUUUCAUUCCUUAACAAAUAAAUUCAGCAAAUGGUUUUCUGUUUA